UUCUGUUUUCAUAACAAAUUUUGUAUUGAAAGUAUAGUACAAAAUUGAAUAUACGCACAUAACAAUAAUAUUAUGACACAAUUGUGUAUUUGUGUCCCAUUCACGGAAGCGUAGAGUGAGACUUUGACGGUUGAAAGUUGAGAUUACGGCAAUUUGGGUAAAAAAGUUUAACGGACUGACUGUCGGGGAUUGUUCGCUAAAUCCACACUGUCAUCGUCCACCACGUGCCUCGUCGGGAGGACGUCGUUCACAUCGAUUUCAAACAUCCGUCGUGUGUGCGUUUUUGUUUUGAAUUCUUCGUCGCCGCCAUGACCAACGAAGCGCGAAACAACCUGAUCCUGUCCAUGAACGACCCGUCGAACAUACUCUACUCGGACGAAUUUGUGGUGAUCGUUGCUGACCAGUACCCUAAGUCCGAACAUCACUAUCUGGUUAUGCCCAAGGAAGACUUGUUCGAUGUCCGCUCGCUUAAGGAGCGCCAUAUACCCAAGCUCAUCUAUAUGGAGCUCAAAGGCCUCGAGUACGUGAUGCGUACGACUGGACUGUUUGCGCAAGAUUUACUAGUUGGAUACCACGCUUUUACAUCAAUGAAUCGGUUGCACUUGCAUGUGUUGAGUAAAGACUUUUGUGGUCCCCACAUGAGACAGCCUCACCAGUGGAAUUCAUUUAAUACGGAAUUCUUCAUACCUACUCACAAAAUAAUUUCAGAAUUACAAUCCAUAGGACACGCAGUAUUGCCGCCCAACAAGAAAAUUUUGCAUCAACCAGUUCAAUGUAAUAAAUGUGACUUCUUUACCAAUGAAAUUAAACAUUUAAAAUUGCAUUUGAAGAUGGUUCACUAUGUGCCACAAAUUUUUUAAUAUUUACUACCUAUCAAGUUAUACUCACGUAUUGAUACAUCAUAAUAUAUUAUACAUGUAAGACAUUUCAAAUUUUGACCUAUACAAAUAAAUGCAAACUUUUGGAUCCAA